AUUUUCUAAAACUAAUGCAAUUUUAAUAUAGACUAAUAUACGCAUCAAAAUUAUUAUUAGUGUCUCUUGUGAUUAAAAUUUAUAUCUAAAUAAAUAUUCAUUUUAUAAAAUUAAAAUUAUAGUUAGCAAUGAUUGCAAAAUUAAUUGUGUUUAUAUCAUUCAUAGUGAUUGUGUCGUAUGGUGUGGUCAUUGGUGUUGAAACUAUAGCAAAGACCUGGGAUGUCAAUGAAGGCGAUGGGAUUGCUAUGUUAUAUUGCGGCGAGUGUCAGGACUUAAAUGGCAAGAAAUAUAUCAAAGAGUUCAUGGAUUGUGUGGUGGACUGUCCCGAAGCCAUCAAAAUGGCUGAAGUGGCGAACCAAACGAGGGCUAAAUUUGACGACUGUCUCCACAAACUUCAUGAUCUGAUGAAGACUUUCAGAGAAAACGCUAAACCGGAUGACUAUAAAAAGAAUGACACCUGUAGUGUUGAAUUGGAUAAGCACCGGGAUGAGAUUAAAAAGUGCGGAGACUAGAGCUUGUCUCAGUCAAUAAAUAUCUCUAAUUGUAAACUCAGGAAUUUAUUAUUAAAUUUUAAUAAACAUUUAGUUUUAAUAAUUAAUUGCGAUUUUUAAUUAUUAUUUCGAAAUUUAAUAAUCAGACCUGUCC